AAAUGGUGAAUAUGGAAGAAUUCAAACCCCAUGUAGGCCAAAUUCUAGUUCAGGCUUGCUAUGCAGGCAUGAAUAUCAUAGUCAGGAUUGCUCUGGACAAUGGAAUGAACAAUUUUGUAUUUGUAGCUUAUAGACAAGCUCUUGCUACACUUGUGAUGGGCCCUAUUGCUUAUUUUCUAGAAAGAAAAGAACGCCCUGCAAUGACUUGUACCACUUUUUGGCAGAUAUUUCUUCUUGCUCUUUGUGGGAUUGCUGUGAACCAGAAUUUUUACUUCUUAGGCUUGGCAUAUACUUCCUCCACAUUUGCCUCUGCAACUACAAACCUCAUUCCUGUUGUCACAUUUGUGAUGGCCACAUCUUUUCGAUUGGAGAGAGUUGAUCUCAGAACAAAGCGUGGACAAGCGAAAGUUAUAGGGACCAUUAUAUGUGUGGGAGGAGCGAUGGUCAUGACCUUAUACAAAGGCUCUACACUUGGAGGGACGCUUCAUGUACUAAAAAUGAGUACAUGGUUACUGGGUGCACUUUUGUUGUUUGCAAGCACUCUUUCUUGGUCUGCAUGGCUUACUUUUCAGGCCCCAGUUUUGAAAAAGUAUCCAGCUCAAAAGUCAUUAACAGCAUUGAUAUUGCUAUUAGGGACAAUCCAGAGCGCUGUCAUGGCCUUGUUUUUUGAGCCAAAGGUCUCUGCAUGGAAACUGAAAUGGGACAUGGAGCUUUUGAGCAUUGUAUACUCGGGGGUAUUGUGUUCAGCAUUUGCAUUCUUUGUGCAAACAUAUUGUAUCCAUGAAAGAGGGCCUGUAUUUGCAGCAAUGUUCAAUCCAUUAUCAACAAUUUUGGUUGCAACCUUGAACCUGUUGAUCCUUCAUGUGAAGCUUCACGUGGGAAGUGUGGUUGGAGGAGUUUUGAUAAUUGUAGGACUUUACAUUGUACUGUGGGGCAAAGCAAAGGAUAAGAAAGACAUAGACCCAAUAGAAUAUGGGCUGAAAAAUGGAUCAACCAACAACAUUGAAGAUUGCACUGUUGAUAUUAAGAGUCCUCUCUUAGCAAAUGAAGCAAAUCAUCAACACCAAUCUGAGUCAGAUACAGAAAUUUCUCAUUGACUAUAAACACAGUUUUGCUCACCACUUCGAUUCAAUAUAUUCUGAACCCUUUCUCUGCUUUGUUUAUUUGUACU